CACAGACCCAGUCGCUGCUUUCUACACACAGCGGACGUUACAGCUACCUCUAAUACGCCAUUCAUUGCGUUCUCUCUCCAUCUCUCUCUAUCUCUGAUCGUAGAAACCCUUUUUGCAUUGAACUUCUCUCGGUCCUCUCCCGCCCUCUGCCUCGGUUUCUCAGAAGGAAUCAGCUAAACGUCGUCUUCGUCGACUCCGAGCACCAAAGCGGCAUAGAAUACUGUUGGGGACUUUUUCAGUGGUGCUCAGUUUUUUUAUUCGACCACCAAUGCAAACCUAUGAUCACGAGGCUUGUUUUGCCAUGGAGAGCUCUGAUGAUGAAAAAGAUGGAAUCCUUGGGAAUUUCAUUCCAAAAGAACUGGCCCAUGGUUUGGCAUCUAGCGGAGCAAAAUUUGUGGAUGAAGUACUUAAUAGCCAAAGUGAACACUGCUUGGAAAAUUUUCGCAUGGAUAAGCAUGUAUUUUACAAGUUGUGUGAUAUUUUGCAAGCCAAAGGCUUGCUACGUCACACAAAUCGAAUCAAGAUUGAGGAACAAUUAGCCAUUUUCAUGUUCAUAAUUGGCCACAAUCUACGUACAAGAGCUGUCCAAGAGUUAUUCCGAUAUUCAGGAGAAACCAUCAGUCGCCAUUUCAAUAAUGUUUUGAAUGCAAUUAUGGCAAUUUCCUUAGACUUCUUUCAGCCUCCGGGUUCAGAGAUCUUGGAAGAUCCAAGAUUCUAUCCAUACUUUCAGGAUUGUGUGGGAGCAGUUGAUGGUAUCCAUAUUCCAGUUAUGGUAGGUGUAGAUGAGCAAGGACCUUUCCGCAAUAAGAAUGGCAUGCUUUCACAAAAUGUUCUGGCAGCUUGCUCAUUUGAUCUCAAGUUCCAUUAUGUUCUAGCUGGCUGGGAAGGCUCAGCAUCAGAUUUGCAAGUCCUAAAUUCUGCACUGACAAGGCGAAACAAACUGCUGGUCCCUGAAGGUAAAUACUACCUUGUAGACAACAAGUAUGCAAAUAUGCCAGGUUUCAUUGCCCCAUAUCCGGGUGUUCCAUAUUGCCUAAAGGAAUAUCCUAGUGGCUAUCAUCCACAAGAUGCCAGAGAGCUAUUUAAUCAACGACACUCAUUGUUACGAAAUGCCACUGAUCGGAUCUUUGGCGCUUUGAAGGCACGAUUCCCUAUAUUGAUGUCUGCUCCUCCAUACCCAUUACAAACACAGGUCAAGUUGGUUGUGGCAACAUGUGCGAUACACAAUUACAUCCGGAGGGAGAAACCAGAUGAUUGGAUUUUUAGAAAGUAUGAACAGGACAGCACGGCAUUACAAAUCGAGUCGUCGUUGCCCCCUUUAGAGGUGGAACAACCCAUUAUGCAUAUUGAUACCCAAGCUCUGGACAUUGGCGUUGAAGCAGAACAACUAGAAAUCUCUUCACAAUUGCGAGACUCCAUUGCAACUGAAAUUUGGAAUGACUACAUCCAUGAUUUUUCAGCCAUGUAAAUCAUCUUUGGUAACAGUUUCAGGUUAGGAUUGAAAUUAUUUCAGGAUCGAGAACCAUAUGAAGAUUUUGGGUGUGAUUCCAUGCUGUACAUUGGCCCUUCUGUUCAUAGAAAGGAAAGAUAUGGGUAGAUCAUACAUUUCAAA